CCCACUGCAGACACAGUCUGUGGACUCUUUUUCUGAAAACUUUUCAGAACAACCACUUUCCAAGAACUCUUAUUCUGAAAACUUUUCAGAACAACCACUUUCCAAGAACUCUUAUUCUGUAAACCCUUCACUACAAAGUCAGUCUGUGGACUCUUAUUCUGAAAACCCACUACAAACACAGUCCAAGGACUCUUAUUCUGAAAACCCACUACAAACACAGUCCGAUGACUCUUAUUCUGAGAACCCAGAACAAACACAGUCCAAGGAUUCUUAUUCUGAAAGCCUGCUACUAGCACAGUCCAAGGACUCUUAUUCUGAAAACCCACUAGUAACACAGUCCGAGGACUCUUAUUCUGAAAACCUGCUACUAGCACAGUCCAAGGACUCUUAUUCUGAAAACCCACUAGUAACACAGUCCGAGGACUCUUAUUCUGAAAACCUGCUACUAUCACAGUCCAAGGACUCUUAUUCUGAAAACACACUACAAACACAGCACAAGGACUCUUAUUCUGAAAACCCACUACAAACACAGCCCAAGGACUCUUAUUCUGAAAGCCCACUACAAACACAGUCCGAGGAUUCUUUUUCUGAAAACCUGCUACUAGCACAGUCAGAGGACUCUUAUUCUGGAAACCCACUACAAACACAGCACAAGGACUCUUAUUCUGAAAACCCACUUCAAACACAGUCCAAGGACUCUUAUUCUGAAAGCCCACUACAAACACAGUCCGAGGACUCUUGUUCUGAAAGCCCACUUCAAACCCACUCUGAGGACUCUUAUUCUGGAAACACACUACAAACCCACUCUGAGGACUCUUAUUCUGAAAAGCCACUACAAACACACUCUGAGGACACACAUUCUGAAAACCCAUUACUGACACACUCUAAGGACUCUUAUUGUGAAAACAUUGAACCGUUAAUACACUUUGAGAAGUCUGAAGACUCCAGAACUCCAGUGAUGGAUCCAGACUCACUGAGACCUGAACCUCAGUCUGAACAAGGAGAGAAGAUGCAGGAGCAGCAGCAGGAAGAGGAGGAGGAGCAAGAGGAGUCCUGCUGUGAGGAGGUUGUUGGAGGAAGAACUGCAGAUCGUCAGACUGAAGGUCUCAGCACUGAGUUGUCUUCUGUCCACUCAGCUGAUUCCAGUCCAACAGUACCACACCAACCAGCUCUCUUAUCACAGACGACGGGUCCAGCUGUGGACACUGUCCAGGGGCUGUCCACCCUCUCCUGUCCCUCGUCUCAGUCCAGCUUCUACAGUGUGCUGCUGGGCUCUGGAGCUCUGUGUCUGCCUGGAACCAGAGACCGAAGUGGACGAGCUCUUCUCACCGCCUCCACCAGCAGCUCCAUGUGGUCGAACCCUGAUUGUGAGCGGGCUGACCUGCUCCGCCUCCUGCUCUAUUACACCUCCACCCUCAGGAAGGAGGUGCGAGCGUUGGGGGUGACGGUGCUUGUGGACGCCCGCAGAGCCGCUCCCGUCCCCGUCCUCUUCUCUGCCCUCAUGUCCCUGCAGGAGAACGCACCAGGCUCCAUCCACAGUGUGUUCGUGCUGGUCAGCAGAGACUCCUCCUCGGUGCGUCUGGACAGAGCCGGGGUCCCACAGGUGGAGGUGCUGCAUUCUCUGAAGUCUCUUCAGAAGCACGUGGAGCUCCAGCAGCUUCCUACAGAGUUCGGAGGCUCCUUCAGCUUCAGUCAGCGCAGCUGGCUCUGCUUCCGAUCGAGAGUGGAGCAGCUGAACAAUCAGUGUGAGGACGUCAUCAAGCUGCUGCAGAAAACCAUCAACAUCCUGGAGAAGACACCUCUCCCUGCUGCUGCUCAGGAUGCCGAGUUGCUGCUGUCCCGCUACAAAGCGGUGAUGUGUAGUGUCCUUGAAGAUAGCCGAUUGGUCCGGUUACAGCAGGAGGGCGGGGCCUCUCUGUCGCGGCUCCGCAGAGAGGAGAGCGUCAUCAGCGUGACGGAGGACUACAGGGCGGAGGUGGAGACGGUGUCCUCUCUGUACGAUCAGGUGGACGAGCUGCUUCACCGCCUCGUCAUGCUGUCCAACUCCAGGACGCAGCAGCUGAGCUUCAUCCUGGACUUCAGGAGUCUGGAGCAGGCCUUCAGCGAGGUGAGCUCCUGGCUGCAGGACGAAGGAGAACCUCGUCUGAAGAAUCUGAAUGAACCUGAAGAUUCUCUGGAGCUGCUCAAAAAGAAACAGACGGACUUCAAGAACCUCAACACAACCGCUCAUGGUUACUGUAAACGUGGCGAGGCCUUGUUGAGUCGUCUGGAGCUCUUGGGCAACAUGUCGUCAGCGGACCUCCACAUUUACGAGGUCAAAAUUCACUCCUUCUGGACUCAGCUUCAGGAUUUCUCUCAGCGGAUCAACGCCACUGAACAGAUCAUCGAGCGCGCCGUUCGACUCUUCAGCUUCUUGGACCAGGCCUAUGGCUGGGCGCUCGAGGGUAUGCGUCAUCUAGCCGGCAUCAGUAUGGAGGAGUGCACCCUGCCAGACAAAUGCCAGGCUGUGAUUGGCUGCCUAGAGGACUACCAGAGUCUGCACCCACCAAUCCCAGACUCCCAUUUCCAGGAGAUGAAGGCGGCGGCGGGUGAGCUGCGGGGCGAGCGAGGCCUCCGUCAGUGGAGCUUCGCCUGGUCCAAGUGUCAGGAGACUAAGAAGGUGUUUGACAGGAAGAUGGAGGCGGCGAUCAGGACACGAGACUCCGCCCAGAGACGUUGCUCUGACCCCGCCCCUAUGAGAAGCUCCACCUCCUCCAGGAAGACACCGUCAGGACUCAGAAGGGUCUCCGAGACCUCCUGCCCCAUAGAGGACGUCAACACCUCCUCACCUUCUCGUAACGCCUCCAUCCCGCUCCCCCUCACCUCCUCACCCAUCACCUCCACCCCCCAGCACACACCGCUCCUCCAGCGUCUGUUCCGCAGCAGCUCCUCGGACGUGUCUUCAGUCCGGGUGGAUGUCUGCUCCUCCAGUCCCAGCCUCCCCCGCCUCGACUCCCCCUCCCCUUCUUCCUCCUCUUCCUCCUCCUCCUCCUUCUCCUUCUCCGGCAGGCGACAGCACCUUAGGAAAACUCAGAGCUUCGACUGCCCCUCCACCCCCGAGGCGCUGCGGUACGGACCCUGUCCUCGCACCCUCAGCGAGCCGGUUCGCAGAGGAAACAUCGGCGUGUUCAUCCGCGGCCUGGAGGUCAGCAGCAGCGAGGCGGCCGACCACACGCUCUGCCCCAGGACGCCUGCUCACAGCUGGGCAGGACCGGGUCACAGCCCCGGGACGCCCGGGACGCCCGGGGCACUGAGGACCAUCGGCAGCCCCGCAGCUGACCCCCGACCCAGGGGAAGUAAGCUGCGUCACAUCGUGGAUGAGAUGAUCACCACGGAGCAGGAGUACGUGCGCUCGCUGCGAUACAUCAUCCAUCACUACUUCCCUGAGAUGGACCGGGGCGACCUGCCUCAGGACCUGAGGGGCAAGAGGUCCGUCGUGUUCGGGAACCUGGAGAAGCUUCUGGACUUUCACAGUCAGUUCUUCCUCCGAGAGCUGGAGUCCUGCUGGAAGCAUCCGCUCAGAGUCCCUCACUGCUUCCUCCGACACCAGGAACAGUUCGGUCUCUACGCUCUUUACAGUAAAAACAAACCCAAGUCUGAUGCUCUGCUGUCCAACCACGGAAACUCCUUCUUCAGGAGGAAGCAGGUGGAGCUGGGCGAUAAGAUGGACCUGUCGUCCUACCUGCUGAAGCCCAUUCAGAGGAUGAGUAAAUACGCUCUGCUGCUCACCGACCUCAUCAAGGAGGUGGGCGUGGCUCAGGAGGCGGAGCUUGGCGCCCUGCAGGAGGCCACCAAGAUGGUCAAGUUUCAGCUUCGCCACGGCAACGACCUGCUGGCAAUGGACGCCAUCCGAGAAUGUGACGUGAAUCUGAAGGAGCAGGGUCAGCUGAUCCGUCAGGACGAGUUCACCAUCUGGAGCGGCAGGAGGAAGUGCCAGCGCCACAUCUUCCUGUUCGAUGAGUUGGUUCUGUUCAGCAAACCCAAGAAGAUGGAGGGAGGUCUGGACGUGUUCAUCUACAAACACUCCUUCAAGACCGCGGACGUGGGUCUGACCGAGUCCACGGGGGACAGCGGGCUCCGGUUUGAGAUCUGGUUCAGGAGGAGGACGUCCAAGAACCAGAAGUUCGUCCUUCAGGCUGCGACGCAGGACGUCAAACUGGCCUGGACCGGGGACAUCGCCCGGAUCCUGUGGACGCAGGCCAACAAGAACAAAGAGAUGCGUCUGAAGGAGAUGGUGUCGAUGGGAGUUGGUAGCAAACCGUUUCUGGACAUUAAGCCGAGCGACGCCGCCAUCAGUGACCGAGCUGUUCACUACAUCAUGAAGAGCCGAGGUGCCAGGACGAGGGCGUCCAUCGCCGUCUCCGUCUUCGACCACUCGAACCCUUUCAAGCGAGGGUCGGUGACCUCUGACCCCUCGACCUCAGGGCCGUCGUCCUCCGGUCUGCUGGGGCCGCUCAACCUGCACAUGUUCAGCCAAAACCUGCCCCCCCCCCAUGCGGCCGACGGCUCCUUCACCGCCUCCUGCAUCGAGGAAGACGAGCAGGAGCACGAGACGAGCAGUCAGCCCUCCAUGACCACAGAGAGCUCAGGCUCGUCGUCUCGCUGCCUCUCCGGAUCCACAGGCUCCGACAGCGGCUGCGUCUCCUCCCACCUGCAGGAGGCGCUGCCCGAGGAGCUGGGCCUCCCUGGCCGGCCCUCCUCUUCCUCCAGCAAGCAGCACCUGAGCAGCCAGUACAUCUCAUCAAAAGCUGCCGCUGUCAUCGGCCCGGCCACCGUCGUGUGAUGUCACUCAGCUGCAGCAGGAACCUGUUUGUGUUCUUCCUGCUGCAGUUUGACCGUAAAGUUUGAAUGUUUUAUUUAUGUUUGAAGCUUCAGUCGUUUGUUCUGUAAAUACGACAUAAGAUUUUCAGUUUGUGAGCUGAUCCAGGGUCUGUGUGAGUGUGUGUGUGUGCGUGCUUGUGUGCGUGUGUGCGUGUGUGCUUGUGUGCGUGUGUGCUUGUGUGCGUGAACUGAUCCAGGAUCAGAUGGACUCUGUACAUGUGUGUAAAUAAACCACAGCUGAGCCUCUGCUGUCACUUUUCUUACUUGAAUAAACCGAUGACACGUUGUUGUCGUCUCACGUUC